AUGAGCAUAUUUGAAAAAGGGAGGAGUGCCGACUCGUACACGGGCAAGCGCUACACCGUCGAGGCGCCCAACACCCGCGACGCCACUCAUGGGCCCGCGUACACGGUGCCCGAGACGGAGCUGAUCGACGCAGACAAGAUGACCCUGUACCACAACUUCCUCAUCGGAUGCGGCUUCGACGACGGCAACCGGCCGUGCUACGGUCGACGCACCAUCGACCCGGCAACCGGCAAGGCUGGAGCGUACGAGUGGUUCACGUACAACCAAAUCAAGACUCGCAUGGACGACCUGGCCAGCGGCAUGGUGGCGACCUGUGGCCUCAAGCGCCAGGAGAAGGUGCCGCUCUACGACACGCUCGGCCCGGAUGCGGUGCCCUACGUGAUCAACCAGACCGAGCUGAGGGUGCUCUUCUGCGGCAAGAAGCAGUUCGACGUCAUCAUGGACUGCGCGGCCAAGUGUCCGUCGUUGAAGAUCAUGGUGCUGCUGGGGCCGCUCUCCGACGAGCAGCAGGCGCGCGCUGCAGUGCACAACAUCGAGGUCAAGUAUUUCGACGAGGUGGAGGCCAAGGGAAAGGCUGAGCCCUGUCCAGCUGACCCCGCACUCCCCUCGGACGUGUCGACGCUGUGCUAUACGUCUGGUGCCGUUGGUGAUCCCAAGGGGAUCUACCCGGAGGACAUUCACAUUUCGUACCUGCCGCUGGUUCACGUCCUCGAGCGCAUCGUGCUCGCACUCAUGCACCACAGCGGGGCAGCCGCGGGUUUCUACCAGGGUGACGUUCGCACGCUCAUGGACGACAUCGCGGUGCUCAAGCCGAGCAUCUUCGUGACGAUCGUGCAAGGUGUCGAGGCGGCCGGUGGCAUCAAGAAGAGCAUCUUCGAGCACGCUCUGGCGGUCAAACUAGCGGGAGUGGAGGCAGACGAGAGCAAGACGAACGCGCUCUGGGACACAGUCGUCUUCGACAAGCUGCGCCAAGUGCUCGGCGGGAACAUCCGCAUUAUCUUUUCGGGCUCCGCUCCAUUGAGUGCCGAGGUCAAGAAGUUCAUGAAAGCUGUCUUCUGCUGCGAGAUCGUGGAAGGCUAUGGCAUGAGUGAAUCUGCCGCCGCCGUGUGUAUUGGAGGCAUUGAAAUGCCCACUGAGUCCCAUGUAGGGCCCCCGGUCCUCUUCACACAGGUCCAGCUGGAAGAUGUCCCCGAGAUGGGCUACACCAGCCAGGACAAGCCCCGUCUGCGCGGUGAGAUCCUCGUUAAGGGCCCCGAGAUGUUCACCGAGUACUACAACAAUCCGGAGAUGACACGUGAGGCUAUUGACGAGCGCGGGUGGUUCCACACGGGCGACAUCGGCUGCUGGAACGCCGACGGCACGCUCAGCAUCAUCGACCGCAAGAAGAACAUCUUCAAGCUGGCGCAAGGAGAGUACGUGGCCGCCGAGAAGAUCGAGAACGCCUACUCCAAGUGCAAGUACGUGGCGCAGCUCUUCGUGUACGGAGACUCGCUGCAGAGCUGCCUGGUGGGCGUGGUGGUGCCCGAUGCGGAGGUGAUGAAGGUGUGGGCGCGGGAGCGCGGUCUCAGCGGCGACGACGCCACCAAGGCCAAGGUUCUCGCCAGCCCCAAGUACCAGAAGGACGUGCGCGACGACAUGGAGCGCGUGGCCAAGGAGGCGCAACUGUGCGGCUUCGAGCGCGUCCGCAACGUGCACUUCCAUCCGAAGCCUUUUUCGUCGGACGAGGGCCUGGUGACGCCGACGUUCAAGCUGAAGCGGCCGCAACUGAAGGCGUACUUCCAGCCACAGAUCGACGAGCUCUACAGAGAACUGUAGGCAGCCAACGUUACUGAGUGAAGCCCUCUAGUAGUGUCAUGCCAUGAAUCUACUGCACUCAUU